AUGCUGAUACUCCUAUGGAUACAGUUUGUUAUCUGCAGUAGACUACUGAGACUGAAAAGCAAGGAGAACAUGUAUGCCACAAAUGCUAAUGGAAACCUGAUUCUACAAUCACCAAGACUGCCUACUCUGUCGAAUCAGCACGUGGUAAUCCAUAAUAGAGCAUUGUAUUUUUUCAACGAUGGGGUGUACUACACAUUGGCGAUGGCACAAGGUGGACUAGAGAUCAAGUUAAUUGCAUACAAUGCAAUUGAAGAUCGAGGAAUACAAUUCCUCUUGUCAGCGCCUGAUUCUCAGACCGAUCAACGCAAGAAAAAGAUCAAUCCGUUUGAAUAUCUAUCUCAAAGCAAGUCAAAGGAUGAACGGCGAUCAAGAACAGAAAAUCACACUUACGAUGAUCAGCACAAAAUGCGCUCUAUGAAUGACAAGAUUGUGCACAGACAGUUAUCUCAUCGGUAUGUUGAUUCUCAUAUAGUUAAAGAAAGGCCUGAUAGUGAAAGGGCAUAUAUUGCAAAGGCUACUAUUGAAAAGCAAAAGCAAGUCAAUCACAAUGGAAUCGACACGAAUACAAGCCAUGUUGAUGUGAUGAUCAAGAAUGACUCGAUUGCAACAGAUAAAGAUGAAGAAGAUGUAUCUGAAGUGACUAAAACUGAUGUAGAGUUCAGUAAUGAAAUCAGAGGAACAACAAAGGUAGAUGCAGAUAUUGCUGAAUACUUGAGUGGUGAGUCAAGUAGUAAACAAAAGCGAUAUGGAUCAUCAAGAAUAAUAGAGCAUCUGGUUGAAAGCGACUCAAAGAUGGACUACCAUGAUUUUGGAUAUGUGAUAAAGAAUGUGAAUGUGAAAGAGAUUGAUGGGGAGGGCAGUUUCCUUCUUAUUGGCAAUAACAACUCCUGUGUAACAUAUUACAAGGGUUCGUUUAUAUUUAUGCCUUGUUCAAGCUCCACGGAUCAAAUAUUUAAGUUAGAACCUGCCGAGGAUGUUCUUAAGAAGAAAGCAAUAAGUAGCUUUGAUCAAUAUGAUUAUCAAGGCAAAAAUGAGAUAGAGAACGAGCACAAUCACGGACAUUAUUCAGUUAUAGAAAAGGAACAAGGCGCUGGACAUCAUGGAAGUUCGUAUGGCAAGGUUUUUUCUAGAAAGGCGUUUGUGCACGGUGAUUAUGGACUCUAUGCAGAUGAGCCGAGUGCCAAAGAGUCACCUAAAAGCAGUCAUAGUGUUUGGCAUGAUCAUGAAUAUGAAUCGAUUUCAAAAGCAAAACCUUACAAAUAUUUGGAUGAUGAUCUGAAAAAACGAAUGAUGAAUAAAGCAAAAGCAAACAUUAAGAUGGAGAAUGUAAAAGUAAAUGAAGGGAAGAUAGACGGGAAAAGGUUCCUAGAAGACAAAGCUAAUUCCGAAAAAAUGAAUGAAAACACAGAAUCAAAAAAACACACGACAGAUCAUAUGAUUAUACGAGAUGAGUUUAUACCGGAUGUAGAGAAAAAAGCACGAAGUCGUUUGGAAGGAGAUGUUAUGGGGAGGUUUAGAAAACUGUUGGCAGGAGAUCUUGAUGAUGGCAUUUGA